GCACGCGACACGCAGGGUGUAGUGGGUUGUGGUUGCAGCGCCGGCGAGUGUAGACGCCGACGUCGUUGCUGCAGAGUUGCGCAGCAGCAAACCCUUGACGAUGUAGAAGGAAGGUAAAAAGAGGAUUAAAUGACCUUAAAAGGUGGAUUUUAGAGAUGCAUAUUUAGCAUGCCUGCUGUCGCAGAUGCCAUCGGAGGAAACACACCGUCUGCAUAGCCCUGUCUUCCGAAUAAAAUGGACAACCAUACGUGCGGAGUAUGGACGGAUGCGGGGGAUUCAUCGUUACACCAACUUAACGGACAACACUAGAAGAGUUAUUUUAAGAUGACACGCACAGACCCGCCUGACUUACUGGUAUCAAAUGUGCAUCACAAUAUAAGAGUUAUCCCCUUUUCGUCACACUUUAAGUCUUUGCAACCCUCUGAACAAUGUGAUUCCCUAAAUUACGCAAACACACCGGAGGACAAUCAGAACAACUCGACUCAAAGGCAUUGGCGUUCUUCAAACGAUAAGUCACACCAAUACCCCAAACAUCAUCCCACGAUGGACUCCCCGUACCGCCGGGGCGCGGCCAACCCCGACGCCGCUGCCUGGAACGCCUUGGGCCGCCAACAGAGGUACCGGUUCUCCGCACCAGACAUCUUCAGCCAGCGGAUGACCCCUCAACACAUGGCGCCGGAGAUGACCCGCGAGGUGCAGGCCGUCCCGGAGCAGAAGAGAAGGACCAGAUCGAGAAGCGCCCCCCGGGUCCAGACCAACCUCACCCCCGUGUCCUUCGAGGGGCAGUCCCCCGCGGGGCGGCGGGGGCGGGAGGCCCACCGGGCGCCCCGCGACCGCCACUGGCGACCGGAGGUCUCUCCCCGCCGGGACCCCUCCUACACCAGCUCCACCCGAGUCCUGAUGCACGACGUGCACUCCGCCAAGCUCCAGCCUGGGAUGACUGACACCAGCAGGUGUUCCCCGCUGUACGGCGAGGAGGGCUCGCUGGAGAAACCGGCCACCAGUCCCCACGUCAGGUGUCGGGUGGACAUCAAGCCCGAUGAGGCGGCGUUGCACCACCACGGACGCAAACAGACCAGCCCUCAAGUGGAGAUCCCCUGGCAGCGGUACCACAGUGGGGGCCACAGGAGCCUGACAGUGCCGCGGCAUUUCUCGUACUCGAGGACGACCACCCCCACGGACUCCUUUGUUACUGAGUGCAGACAGGCACAUCAGUUUUCUCGCAGCAUGCCAAAUAGCCACCCGCGACCCACGGAAAUCCCUUUGCACAAAAUGCCUUCGGCGGGCGAGCGUCACUACGGGAGGGAGCGCAGAGCUCACUCAAGUCCUAACGUGCCAACCAAUUUUUUUUACGCCGACGAGUCGGGGAGGUACGUCACGACGGCCGCGCCUCAGCCGACUCACUACUACCACGACGACCGUUACAUACCAGGGCAGUCCUUUUCCCCCAAAGUACAAUACGUACAGGAUCCGAGGACUCACAUGGUUCACGCCGUAGCAAGCAGGUCCUACUUUACCGAGGUAGACCCUUACCAGUACUCGGUGCAGGCGGUGUACCCUAAAGGCUACGCAGGGUCAGAAGCAGGGCACUACAUCAUCCAGACGCCUCCGACCAGAACGGGUUUAGCGGAGAGUCCCAGAACAUAUCAGGUCCAAACUGCCCCGCCCAGAGUUUUCUAUCCCGGUGAUGUGUAUGCACUACCGCCCGAACAUCACAUCCCAGCCAGAGCCUACUACACUGAGGGUCGAAGACACGCCCGAGUCGUCCAGCCAAAGACAGACGACUGGUACGGUUCCGAUGCAUCAGGGUAUUCCACCAACCCGGCCUCUUAUGUAUCCCAGGUAACACCAACCAGGCAGGUUAGGCAAGAGCCGAUGUCGGCGACAUGGUAUGCCAACCCUUGCGUGGAGCCACCGAGAAUAGGCGCAGAGUCCAAAUCCUACUCAAGGUCAUGGGACAAUAUCCUCAAUUCUCGUGUGGAGAGGGAACAACCGAGUCCCGUGCAUCGCGGGCAGAGCUACGAUGACCUGCUUGACCCCAGAAAACCUGUAGCAGGCACAGAUGACAAGCCCCAACCGGUGGUGGUCAACCUCUCCAGCUCACCAAGACGCUAUGCAGCCUUGUCCAUGUCUGAUAAUUCUUUGGUCGAUAAGAGCCCGACCGAGAUGACGAACUCUGCUGCCAAUAAGCUAUGGUUUGUAACCCCUGAAAUAACAAUCACCGAUAACGACGUUCGACCGGGACUACUGAGCAAGUCAGAAGGACGCUCUGCCAGCUGGGAUAUGCUGGAUUCGAGGAAUGCUUUUGCUCAUGAGGGCUUACAGCACGACAACGUGACUUGCUUUGGGAACUUGGCAAAAGAGAAGACGCAUGACAGUGCGUCUCUUCAGCAGAGUCUCGAACAACUCGACGAGCUCCUCGCCGACCUCGUGACCGACUACAAACCGCCCAGCCGAAGAGCGAGCGAAGAUAUUCUAGAUCAACUGAAGAAACUCAUAGAUGAAGAAGAGGCUGCAUCUCUAUCUAGAAAGGCCGAACCACCGCCCUUGGACAAACAGCCCAAAUCAAUAAAAAUGAAUACCGAUGCCUUUCGAGAUAUGGAGGGAGCAGACACAAUGAGGGCUGGGGACGAGUGCUCCCCUGAUCAGAGCCCGGAUGAAGAUGACACCAUGAUGUGUUCAAACAACAAAUGCAGGCGGACCGAGACCUUGUUCAACGCGUGUCUGUACUUUAAAUCCUGCCACAGCUGCUAUACCUACUACUGCUCCCGCAACUGCCGAAGGGAGGACUGGGACAUUCACAAAGAGAGCUGUGUCUAUGGACGAAUCGGCAGUAUCUGCCGCCACAUCAUCAAGCACUGUCGGGAAACAGCAGAAGUCCACAAAGCCUUCUCCCGCAUCGCCAAAGUUGGCUUCCUUUCCAGGGGACGGGGAGUUCUCUUUCUUGGUUUUCCAAACCCUGCGUCAUCCAGUAAUUUCCUGCAGUUCGGGCUGGACAGUCUUCAAAUGUCCCCGACAUACCUGUCCCUCCGCGAGCUGGACGGCUUCAAGGACAACCUCGGAGAGUACUGCGGAGAGCUCCACGAGGCCGGCAAGGAGUACGACCCAAACGAAUGUUUCCUCUUGAAUGUAUCCAUCGCUGUCGGCGAUCAACUGCCUGACGGCCCUUCGCCGCGACACCAAGCGCCGACCGUCCGUAAAUACGCCAAGGUAGCUCUGGCCUCCUUCAGCCCUGAGCGGAAGGUACACAAGAAGGAGAGCGACAUGGAGACGCUCAUCCUGACGCCGCCGCCGGGGACGGCGGACAUCGACAAGGACGGAGAGGAAGGCAGGAAAGCCCGGGAGAUCUGCUUCAUCAACAUCCAGCGAGAGCUGAGGAUCCGAGGGGUCUUCCUGCGACACGAGUAUCCCCAGGUCUAUCAGCAGCUGUGCGAGUUUGUGGAAAGUAACCGACGCUUCACACCCACUACUAUUUACCCUAUAGACAAGAGGACAGGUAAGCAGUUCUUGUGCAUGAUCAUGGCUGCGUCCGAGCCAAGGACACUGGACUGGGUGGGCACCCCCCAUCUCCUGGAUGACAUUAUUUAAGUGCACCUUUUUUUUGGAAAUAUAUAUGUUUAGAAAUACAUAUAUAUUGUUACACAUAUUUAUAUAUGAGGUAGAUUGUGGAAAUGUAGAUAAGAAUUUUGUUAUCCGAAGAUAUAUAUUUCUCUCUAUAUAGAGACGUAUAUAUAUAUCUGUAUAUGUAAAUAUAAUGUCUGCGUUGUCAGUAUUAUUCAUUAUUAGAAUAUUGCCUGUCAGAUGCAGAAAGAUUACAGUAUAUUGUUUAUUUAUUUGAGUUUUUAAACCUAUUUAUGUACUUUUCCACUACAUAAGUCAUUUAUCUGUAGCCUGGUUAUUUAUAUUUACAAUGGCCCGCUUUCUUUUAGGUGGGCAUUACCUCGGUCAAAAUUUUAGUAUUUUGAUUUGUUUAAAAAUCGCUAAUGAACAUAUCCUUUAAAUCAUAAAUUCCUAAAGUCAACUGUGUAAUUCAUACCUAUGAUUGAAUACAAAGUGACUAUUUUUCAUAUGGGAUUUUAAUGGCAUACCAUGCAGAAAACAUGAAAGUUAUUUUUCCUAGCUACAUAUGUUCUAUGCAAAGGUUUGCUUGAAAAGGGUAAUUAUCACAUUUGUGUACAAUUUUUUUUAAACAUUUCUAUUAUUAUAAUACAUUAUUGUAGCUGGACUUGCUAUACUAUAUCAUAUUAUAUUAUACAUGAUUAUAUAUGAGUAAAUAUUAUUAUAUUAUAAUGAUAGGAUUGAUCAUGUUUGUUGACUUGAAAUUGGUGACCUAUAUCACUUGUCGGGAAAGAUAUAGUUGCAUUUACUGGAAGAGAAUGAAAAUAUACAAAAAAGACAAAGGGCACUCCUCAUGCGGCGUAGAUAGUAGCCUAAUGUUACUCUGUAACUCUUGCUCUCAUGGUAAUUCUAUUGGCGUGUGACGAUAAAUAUCUCAGUAGUGCUUUAAUGUUUGCCAGUCAAAUUGACCGGAGUAAUACAGGACUGGAAGGAAGAAAAAAAAAAAGACACACAAACACAGACACACUCUUACUGAAAUGGUGCCAGUUCUCAGCCACACAGUAGUGUCGGCUUGUGCUGUUUGAAACACUGUGAAUAGUGAGUGCGCUAGUCACAUGAACAUGUGCUACGCUAUCGAUGACAUGGUGUUGUGGUAUAUCACGCCAAGAAACCGUGCAAUUUCCUACGAAGUUGAAGAUGGUGCUCUUGUGAGUUUUUCUAAAAAAAAAUAAUAUUUACAAAUUCUAACAUAGAGAAAUUUAGCAGCUCGAGUUAUGUCCUUAGAAAAAGAUAAGCCGGAAUUGGCACAAUAACUAACUUGUUACUUAAAUGCUUGAAGAACAUUUUUUUUUUAGUUGUGUACUUCUGCUACGCUUUUAUGUGUUACAUGCGUGAUUGAUCCCUUUUGUGUUUCUUAUCGACCCUCGACAAACGCUGAGUCACAUGUUUUAUACUCACCCCUUCAUACAAUGCAGCCACGUUGCCUAUUUGUUUGGUUGGAUUGUGCUAUAGGCCUACAUGAUGUUUUGGGUCAACUCUUAUUUAACGUUUGCUGAUACUCCUAACAUCACUUGAGACGUGUUGAAAAAUAAUAAUAAUAAUGAAAAAAUAAAGUGAUUUUGAAGGCAAGAGAAUAAAAACAAUGUAAUUGUUCAACCGACACCUCACAGAAACAGGACAGGUGGCUAUGUAGGAGGACUGGCUCUGGAGUCACGUUUUAGACACUAUGCUGCCCCUGAUAGAAUGCUAAUUCAACCCAUGACUUCACGCCACGGCGUUCCUCACUUGCAUCCACCGUGGCCCAUGAGUUAUUAUUUUUGUAAUAGCAGAUAAUCCGUAUAGGAUGAAUAAUGUGUGGAAAUAAUGUGUGGAAAACAAAUAUAAAAAUUUGAUAUGUGUAUAUAUAUAUACAUAUCUAUAUAUAUAUAUACACACACACAUGUAUGUAUGUAUAUGUUUGUGUGUAUUUAUAAAUAUAUAUGAAAAUGGGAUGUUGAUGGCUGCAUGUGAUGAUUAUAUUUUCUAUUUUUAGCUCUCAUGAAGCUGAGAAAAACACUUGCUUGAUUGAUCUGUUAAGUAACUCUGAAAUAUUUUAGCCUACAUAAGACACCUUGAGAAAAGUGAUUUUUACAAUUGUCCGCCAUUUAAGUUAAAACCGCCGUGAAAAUGGAGGGGAAAAAAAGGCCCACUAUUGUAUUUUUUUAUUCUUUAAAUAUAUGUAUCUGAGUGUGUCUGUUUAUAAAACAUAACAAAUAAAUUGAAUGGGAACGUGG